AUGAUCAGAAUCAGUUUCUGGGAUAUCACAGGGUUUCCUGUCACCAGGACCACCCUGAUACCCGUUUUGUUGUCUGAAGAAGGCCAGCUGACAAUCUCUUUUCUGUACGGAAGCACAAAUGUCAACAGAGUAGCCAGGAACUUGAAGCCAACCAUGGAAGGGUUUGGUUGCAUAGGUGAAGUUGGCGAUGAAGAAGUGGUGACUGUUGGAUGA